UGUUAUUUGUUUCUUCUCUGAAGUUGUAGGUUGCGUUGACGUCGGCGUUUAUUGUGCUGAAGUAAAGUGAUAAGGAGAAUGGCAUUCAGAGGGAAGGAGAUGAUGAAGAAAGUAGUGAGGAAAGUGGGAGAGAACAGUUUGGGUGUAGGAGUGAAGGAAUCCUUGGAUAAAUGCAUUCCCCGAAGCAAGAUUGUGAUGGGUCGUGCCAAACGCGGUCUUUAUGCUGGCCGACACAUUCAGUUUGGCAAUACUGUCAGUGAAGAUGGCGGUAACAAGACGAGGAGAACUUGGAAACCUAAUGUCCAGGAAAAGCGGCUGUUUAGUUACGUACUAGAUCGUCACAUUCGUGUUAAAGUCACUACUCAUGCCCUUCGCUGCAUAGACAAGGUAGGUGGGAUUGAUGAGUACUUGCUGAAAACUCCUUAUCACAAGAUGGACACGGAAAUUGGCCUCUUCUGGAAGGCAAAGAUUGAGAAGCUGUAUGAAGAGCUUGGCACGAAGGAGGUUGUAUUCUUUUCACCAGAGGAUGAAGCGAAGCUUGAACAGGGCUUUAAAGAUUUGAAAUUAUCUGAAAGGGAAGCACGAAAAGAAGUCAGAAGAAAAAUGUACGCUGGCGUGAGCAAGCACAAGCUAAUUGAGGAAGAAAUCUCGAAGGAUGUAACAAAACGGGUUCCUUUCUCGUAUUUGUUAGCUGCUGACAAGCUCAAAGUUGGAAGUUUUGUUUCUAAUUGAUGUUAUGGCAACUGAUAUUGACUGUGUAAGCAGUACUAGCCCAUAAAGUAUGAAACUCUUUAUUCUUUGGUCUAUAUUUGGAUCAUGUUUGUUUCUUCACUCGUAUUCUAAUGCUUUAAACUUUUUGUAGUGAGAAGCAUAAUCUAUUGAGCCGAAAUAAGAGUUAUGUAUCUGCUUGGGAUCGAGCCUACAAGUUGAUGAUAGAA